AGAGGUGAGGACCGAGGAGAAGAAGCCUCAACCUCCUCUGCUCCAUCUUCCUCUCUCUGAGGACAUGCGUGGUCAUCUGCUGCAAUCCAUAGAGCUCCUAUUUAUAGCAAGUUCCUGAGAGGCAGGGGUGUACAAAAAAAGAGUCGUUUCUGUUGCGAAGCUGCUUCUUGUUCUGUACGGUCCGUCCGAGAAUAUUGCUGAGAAGCUCACAUGGAAGGCGCAGCAGAUGUGGAGAGGCCACUCAUUCAUGAUCAUGAUCAUGAUCAUCCCCAGGACGAAUGUUCAAAAUACACAAGCGAUGGAACUCUCGACAUCAACAACCAGCCUGCUCUGAAGCAGAGCACGGGCAACUGGAGAGCUUGCUUCUUCAUCCUAGGCACCGAGUUCAGCGAGUGUCUGUGCUUCUUCGCCGUGGCUCGGAACCUGGUCACGUACCUGACGACGACGCUCCACGAGAGCAACGUCGGCGCCGCCAGGAACGUGUCCACAUGGAUCGGGACCUGCUUCCUGACGCCGCUCGUCGGGGCUUUCUUGGCCGACGCGCAUUGGGGCAGGUACUCCACCAUCGUCGUCUUCCUCUCCGUUUACCUCCUGGGCAUGCUGAUCAUGACACUAUCGGCAUCGCUUCCACUGUUCCAGCCUUCUUCUUCUCCCAACGCCAGCGGCAUCCAUGGUUUCGCGGUGUACAUGGGGCUCUACCUCGUGGCGCUCGGCACGGGCGGCAUCAAGCCCUGCAGCUCGGCGCUCGGCGCGGACCAAUUCGACGGCGCUGACCCGGCGGAAUUGGUCACCAAGGGCUCCUUCUUCAACUGGUACUACUUCGCCAUCAACAUCGGCUCGCUGCUGUCCGCCACGGCCAUCGUCUGGAUCCAGGACAACGUCGGGUGGAGCGUCGGCUUCGGCAUCCCAAUGCUGGUCAUGGCGCUCGGGCUCGCCGUCUUCGUCGCCGGCAGGAACUUCUACCGCUACAAGCGGCGGCCGCCGGGACACUGCAGCAGCCCGCUGACAAGGGUCGCCCAGGUGGUCGUUGCCGCCGUCCGGAAUUGCCGGCUCGAGCUCCCCGAUGAUCCAUCCGCCUUGCACGAGCUGUUAUUACCUUCUUCUUCUUCACUCGGUAGUACUACUAAAGAAGAAGAAGAAGGGGAUUACUGCAGGAUUGCGCAUACGAGCCAGUUCAGGUUCUUGGACAAGGCCGCCAUUGUAGAGGAGAACAAGAAGGGGAAGAAGAAGAAGGCGGGCCCGUGGAAGCAGUGCAGGGUGUCGCAGGUGGAGGAGCUGAAGAUGCUGCUGCGGAUGUCGCCGGUGUGGGCGUCGCUGCUGCUCUUCUUCGCGGCCACGGCGCAGAUGUCGUCCACGCUGAUCGAGCAAGGCAUGGCCAUGGACACCCGCGUCUUCGGCUUCACCGUGCCGCCCGCGUCGCUCUCCACCUUCGACAUCGCCAGCGUGCUGCUCUGGGUGCCGCUCUACGACGCCCUGCUGGUGCCGCUGGCCCGGCGCCUGACAGGCGAGAGCAGGGGGUUCACGCAGCGGCAGCGGAUCGGGGCCGGGCUCGCGCUGUCGGCGCUCGCCAUGGCGUACGCGGCGCAUGUCGAGGCGUGGCGGCUCUCGAUGGCGGCGGCGGCGGCGCGGGAGACGGAGGGGAAGAAGAGGGUGGGGAUCAUGUGGCAGGCGCCGUGCUACUUCGUGAUGGGCGCGGCGGAGGUGUUCGCCAGCAUCGGCAUGCUCGAGUACUUCUACGACCAGUCGCCCGAGGGCAUGAAGAGCCUCGGCACCGCGCUCGCGCAGCUCGCCAUUGCCGGCGGGAACUAUCUGAACUCUGGGUUGCUCGGCGCCGUCGCGUCGGCCACCGGGUGGAUCACGGACGACCUUGAUGAGGGACACCUGGAUUACUUCUUCUGGUUCAUGGCUGCUCUUGGCGUCGCCAACCUGUUGCAGUUCGUCUACUGCUCCACUAGACACAAAGGCUGAAGAUAGACAAUUACUCCGUAUUAGACUCUCUUUUAUUUUUUUGCGAAAAUCAGUAUUAGACUUUUCGUGUGGCCAGUUUACUGUGGAUUGGAAUUUGUAGUUGAUGUGCAUUUGGUCAUUUGGAAUAGACUAAUAGAGGAGAAGAAUUCCGAUUUUUUUUACUUUUGUGAUGAGAUAAGAUAUUAGACGUGAGA